GGGACAGCCGCUUCGCGUCGCGCUGGCACCCGCGCUGCGGCGCCCGGCUCGGUCAGCGGGCGAUGGCGGCUUGGGGCGGCGGCGGCUGGGGCGGCGACGGCUGGGGAGGCGGCUCGGGCGGUGGCCAGGCACGCAGCGCCAGCGGCGCGGGCGGCGCGAACAACAACAACAACAACAACAACGCCCUGUACGUCACCGAGGUCCCGUCGGAGUGGGACGAGGCCGCCCUGUGGCGCGUGUGCCAGGAGGAACAGCUGCCGUGGAACACCCUCGAAGGGGUGAAGUGGCUGGCGCAGCGGCACGGCUCCAGGCGGAGGGCGAUCAUCCUCAAGUGUACCACGGCGGAGGCCGCCAGCGCCACGUUGAAGGCCUUGAAAGGCAAGCAGGGCUGUGACUCGAGCGGUGCGCCCUACGCCCUGGUGGCGAGAUUCGCGGAGCACCGGCAGAAGCCCGGCGGCUGGGACGCCGGAGCCGCCUGGGCCGCGGACGCGGGCGGUGGGCGCGACGGAGGCUGGCAGGCUGGGGGCGGUUGCGGCGCGGGCGGCGCGGAGUGGCUUGCCGGAGCCGCGGCGGAAGACGGCCAGCAGGGCGGCGCGGGGUGGGGAGGCUGGCAGGACCCUGGCGCUGGCGGGGGCGCUGCAGGCUGGGGAGGCCGGCACGACGAGGCGGAGCGGGUUACGUCCGUGGCGGCCGCGGGGUUGCGCGUGCGAAACCGGGCGAGCUGGCACAUGGGCUCCAUCGCCGCCCCGGAGAACGAAUGUGGCGACACCAACUUCAUUAGGAUCACCCUCAUCACGGGGGAGGAGACCGUAGAGUCGAUCGACAUGUGGGAGACGGAGGACGGCAGACCAUUGGUGAGGGCGGCCCGUGCCGUCCCUCUGAUGGUCGGGCUCCGGGUGCGCAAUAAGCAGAAUCAGCGCACAGGCAUGGUGGUGGGCCUCACCACAGACCCCACCGCCUUCCGCAUCCUGUUCGACGACGGUGAGGAUGCUACGCGGGAGGUGCACAGGUUCGAGACGGAGGAGGGCGCACCGCUGCGGCCGGCCAGCCUCGCCACCACCGCGCUGGGAGGAGGCACGGCUGGCCACGGCCACGUCGACCAUGGCCAAGGGGCCCGCGGGGCGCCGCCCGCCCAGGCCUGGGGCGCCGCCGAGGCCUGGCGCUGCGGCGCCCCCGACGCGCAGCCGCAGCCCGCGCUGGCCAGGCCGCCCGACGGGCCGCCCGACGGCGGCCACGCCGCGGACGCCUCGAUCGGCCAGGCCUGGGCCCGCGUCGACGAGGCCUGGGGCCCCGCGGAACCAUACGCGGGCGCGGAGAUCUUCGUGAAGGAUGUCCCCGCCCACUGGGAAGAGGACGAUCUGCGGAGGCUGCACCAGAGCGCUCGUGUGGACGUGUCGACCAUUCUGAAAAUCAGGUUCAUACCGAAGCGGCAGAACGCCACCGCCCGCGCGGUCGUCCACUAUUCGGCCCCCUGGGCGGCUCACUCGGCCAUCAGGCAGCUCGGCGCGCAGGUGGCGAGCAUGCCCAAGCCCGCGAGCCUGAUGCGGUUCCACAUCUGCCAGCCCAGCCGGCGCCCCGACGCGCCCGCCCCCAGCGGCGGCGCCGCGGACAAGGGCGCGGCGGCCGCGGCUGGCAGCGCAGCCGCCGCGGGCUAUGCGGCCCGAGGCUGGGGCGCCGGCGAGGCCGCUGGCGGCACGGGAGACUGGGGCGCCGGCGGGGCAGCAGGACCAGCCGCUGGCGGCGCGGCUGGAGGCUGGGGCGCCGGCGCGGCAGCAGGGCGGGAGGGUGGCGCCACGGCCUCUGGAUGGGGCGCCGGGGCCGCGGGCUGGUCCGACGGGGCUGCCAGCUGGGCCGAGUGGGGCGGUCAGGGCGGCGGAGCAUCCGAGGGCUGGGCCGCCACCGCCUCGCAGCAGGAGGCAGCGGUGCCCGAGCUGCGGGUGCGCCACCGGCGCACCUGGAAGGCUGGUGUCGUCGUGCGGGCGGAAGGCAUCCUGCCGGGCACCGUGCGCGUGCGCCUGGACGGGGGCGAGGAGGCCGACCACCCCGUGGACCUCUUCGAGGUGGAGCAGAGCGGUCGGCCUCUGGGCCCUCCCCUUCAGUCGGUGCCGGCCCCGGCGGAACCGGGCGUGCGGGUGCGCAACAUGAAGACUCGGACGGGCAGGAUAGGCGUGGUGUGCGAUCCCGCGCCGGACAGCUGGGUGGGCGACGGGUACUUCGCUGUGCGGUUCGAGGACGGCGAUACCGCCGUCCGCCAGCUCGAGAUGUUCAGGACGCUGGACGGUCGCAGGCUGGUCGAGCGACCAGCCGCGCACCUCCCGCGGAGCGACUCGACGGGAAGCGCCAUCCCGCAGGUGGGCCUGCCGGUGCGCAACAGGUGGACGCAGCGUCUGGGCACUAUCGUUGGCCUCGACGCUAGCUGGCAGGGCAGCAUCAGCGUCAGGUUCGAGGAUGGCCAGGACGGGCGAGCGGGACCCCGCCAUGUUCGAGCGCGCCGCGGACGGCCAGCCUCUGGCGUCGGCGACCAGCAGCGCGGCCGCCCCAGAGGGCCGCGGCGGCACCUGGGGCGCGGAGGACUGGCAGGCCACCCAGAGGGCCGACGGCUGGGGUUCGAGCUGGUCUUCGUGGUCUGGCGGCGGCAGAGGACGACGGGAGGCGCCAGAGCCGACGGCCAGCCCAAGAAGGGCGGCAACGACUGGGUGGCCCGACGCCCUGGCGACGGGCUGAAGGCGGCCGAGCCCAAGUUCGAGGCCGCGCCCGAGGUCUUCCACCCACCGCCCGGGGCAGAGGCCGCGCAGCCCCAGCGGCAUGCCGCCUGCCCCCAGGGCGCCUCCCGAGAGGCCGCCCGGUCCCACCGGCAGGCCACCUCCCUGAGAGGCGUCGCCGUCGCGGCUCCGCCGGGCCCCGCGCCGGCUCCCGCGGCGCCCGCAGCGCCCGCGCGCGCGGCGGCUGCGCCCGCGGCGCCCGCGGUGGCGGCGGCGCCGGCCGCCCAGCGGGCGGGCGCAGCCGCGGAGGUGCGCAGCGAGUGCUCCCGCGAGCUCGCGAAGGUGAAGCGUGAGAAGGCGGAGCUGGAAAGACAGGCCCGACAGGACCCCGAGACGCUGCGCCUGCAGCAGCUGCUGCGCGACGCGGGGAUCGAGGACAAGGCGUCGCCCAGGGCCGCCUCGGACGGCGGCGGCGCGGAGGCGCCCGCCAGGCCGUAA